GGGCCAGUCGGCCGACGGUUACCGCCCGGCAUUGUACUGUCUCGAUUCAUCGUACGCAUUUUUCGCGCUCUUGCUCGCGUUGCCGCUCCGUGAAAGCGAGCAGAGCUGGUCGGAUAGUAAUCGCUGGAUUUGCCGCGCUGAUCCGUCGAAGACGACGACGUUGUUGUGAUGGUGGUGUUGUUGGUUGUUGUAUUGUAGUUUGUAGUUGUUGUUGUGGUGAUCCCUGUUGUUGUUGUUGCCGAUUUCUGUUUUGGAUUAGCCGCGAUAUACUUGUGUGAUAUGAGAUGGCUGUGCUCGAACGGGCUAUUGAACUCCCACCUGAAAAUUCCUGGCCCCACAACCUCCCAGACGUCGCCUGCUCGAUCGUAAAGUGUUCGUGAGGGUGCUAAAAAGAUCGAGGGAGAGAGAGAGAAAGCGAAAGAGAGAAAGGGGUGGUACAUUUAGUGAAGGCGGAAAAAAAAGUGCGUAAAAUCGAACCAGUGUGAACUUGUGGUGUAAAACGAGUUGGAACGUGUCUAUAGGCUAGAGUGCGAUUACUUUGUAUGGCAGGGAUUUGUAUGCCUCGGAUAUCAGCAAAUGGCGCUGGUGUGAAAAUGGAGCAUUUCCAGGCGGCACUGGACCCCCGGAAACAGGAGCUCCUCGAGGCGCGCUUCAUGGGCGCAAGGAUGUCAGCUGGAUCACAGAUACAGAUGGCACCACAGUCUAUUGUCAGCACAACCCAACCCGUUCAUAGCCAGGACUCCAAUAUGAGUACAGGUUCGUCUCACAGUGAUAAAGAGGUGGACCCAAAUACUCCGGAGAAGUUGCCAAGGACGCCAAGCGAAAGAAAGAGAAAGAGAAAAGUAGAAGAUUCUGGCGGUGGGCCAGUCGGUAAAGGUGUCAGAAACGCCAAUUCGGAAAAGAAGAUCAACGAAUACUUUAAACAUUCUGGUAACAGUCCCAUCAGGCAUGGUGGGGCGAAAAGUCCAUCACCUCAGCAACCCUACCAUCUAAUGUUCCCUCCCUCACCUCAACCGGUGGGACUACCCAGCCCUCAGAUGCCACCCGCAAACACUGUUCCUUUCGAGUUUUUGAGCAAAACUCCAAAAAUGCCCAUCACCACCAACAUGGUUAGCAGACACGUACAGGUAAAGCGUACACGGAACCCCGUUCAGACAUCGAAAAACGCUCCUUCUAGAUGCUCAGCUCCGUUUAUUCUGGAACAUACCCACACUGAUUUAACGUGUCACGCAAUAAAGGAGUACGAGACGCACACGUCUUCAGACCUGGAGGCGCGCAACAACAAGAUCGAGGAGCUGACGAGGCAGGGCGAGGAGCUGAGGCAUCAGAUAUCGACGCAGCAGAAGACGAUCGAGCAGCAGAAGCAACACAUAAACAAAUGCAUCGACGUGGUGAAGAAACUGCUCAAGGAGAAGAGCUCGAUAGAGAAGAAAGAGGCGAGGCAGAAGUGUAUGCAGAAUAGGCUCAGGCUGGGUCAGUUCGUGACGCAGAGGGUGGGUGCCACCUUCCAGGAGAACUGGACUGAUGGACAUGCCUUCCAGGAGCUGGCUAGGCGGCAAGAGGAAAUAACAGCAGAAAGGGAAGAGAUAGACAGGCAAAAAAAAUUGCUGAUGAAGAAGAGGCCGUCGACCAACGAGGGCGGGCGCAAAAGAAACUCUAAUCUACACAACGGCACCGACUCGGGCUUCUUAAAACCCGACGCAGUGCCAGGUUCGUUCACGUUGCAAGAGUACUACGAGGCUGACGAGAUCCUGAAGCUUAGGCAGAACGCCCUGAAGAAGGAGGAUGCCGACCUACAGUUGGAGAUGGAGAAACUGGAAAGGGAGCGCAACUUGCACAUCAGGGAGCUGAAACGUAUCCAUAACGAGGAUCAGUCCAGGUUCAACAACCACCCAGUACUGAACGAGAGGUAUCUGUUGCUGAUGCUGCUCGGCAAGGGUGGCUUCAGUGAGGUACACAAGGCUUUCGACCUGAAGGAGCAGAGGUAUGUCGCCUGCAAGGUGCAUCAGCUGAACAAAGACUGGAAAGAGGACAAGAAGGCUAACUAUAUAAAACAUGCAUUACGAGAAUACAAUAUCCACAAAGCUUUAGAUCACCCAAGGGUAGUAAAAUUAUAUGACGUAUUUGAAAUAGAUGCAAAUUCAUUUUGUACAGUCCUAGAAUACUGUGAUGGCCACGAUCUUGAUUUCUACUUGAAGCAGCAUAAAACGAUAGCAGAAAGGGAAGCCAGAUCAAUCAUAAUGCAGGUCGUGUCUGCCCUUAAGUACCUGAAUGAGAUUAAACCGCCUGUGAUCCACUACGACCUAAAACCUGGCAACAUCUUGUUGACUGAAGGCAAUGUCUGUGGCGAAAUCAAAAUUACUGAUUUCGGUCUUAGUAAAGUGAUGGACGAGGAGAACUACAAUCCAGAUCACGGAAUGGAUCUUACCUCCCAGGGAGCAGGCACAUACUGGUACCUGCCGCCUGAAUGUUUUGUAGUAGGAAAGAACCCACCCAAAAUAUCUUCUAAGGUAGAUGUCUGGAGCGUUGGUGUGAUAUUCUAUCAGUGUCUGUACGGCAAGAAGCCUUUCGGGCACAACCAGUCUCAGGCGACAAUUUUAGAAGAGAAUACUAUAUUAAAGGCAACUGAUGUUCAGUUCGCAAAUAAACCUGCAGUCACAAAUGAGGCUAAGAGUUUCAUCCGUGCCUGUUUAGCGUACAGGAAAGAGGAUCGUAUCGAUGUUCUUUCACUGGCGAAGCACGAAUACCUGCAACCGCCGAUGCCCAAACACUCCAGGCUGAACUCGACGCAGCAGCAGCAACAACAGCAACAGCAGCAGCAGCAGGCGGCCCAGCAGCAACAGUCCGGACAGUCUGUGGCCGGCACCUUCUCGACGGGUCUCUUCGGCGGCAUGAACGCUUCCUCUUCGUCUUAGUGCAGUGCUGUGUUAAAAUAAGUUAUUUAAUUAAAUUAAAUCUAAGUGUCCGUUCGGCGCGUGAACGACCCUGAGCGUGACCCUGGGACUCGACAGGCUGUGAGGUCCGGAAGGGGCCCAGUUCGAAAACAGAACCGUUUCACGAAUUUUCUAUCAGGCUCUCUCUGCGGACUCUGAAUCGUUCAAACGGCAAGAUUGCCAAAAAUCAAGAAGAUAUAGCCCUCCCCGAAGUUUCUCUGCGUACAGCCCCUGCCGAUCGCCUCCGAAUAAUAAUUAUUUAUAACAUAACUAAACUAUAUAUAAAAGUGAAUCUUAACUAUAAAUAAACUCCCCUAAGUUAUUGAACACGAGAAGUGGUGUGAUCAUAUUGACUGGAAGUGUAUAGUUCCGAUACAAAACCCCUCUACCCCCCCAAUAUCCGAUUUGAGAACGAACGGAUUCGUUGUAUAUUUGAAGUGCAUAGGUUGAAAAGGAUCGAAACCCCGGGACAAAAGUUCGUGGUAACAUCGUUUCAAGUCUAAUUCCUCUUGUUGCUUAAGCUUCCCUUCAUGUGUGGAGUUCCUGUAACCAAAAGAAGAACUUGGGCUUUAUAUAGAUAAAAUGCACACUGUUGUUGCCCUCUUGGACGUUUAUAUCUCUUUUUUUUUUUUGUUUUUUGACUUUAUUUUUUUCUCUAGGUAGCAAGUCGUUUGCUACGGGGAACCUUUUUAUUCUAGUCUCCUACAAAACGGGAUCCGGACCUGAAGACCCCCUGCUUUCGUUUUAUUUUGUCAUUGUUUUAGCGGGGGGAAGUCUUUCCGGCUGGAUCUUCCGGUUGUAAUCGUUGAAAUUGACGGGGCAUUACAAGUUACACGUCCACAAAUUUUCUAAAUUCGAAGAUGUUGAUCUUUCCUCUUCAUUUUCCGAUUAUGUCUCUGACAUUUGACAUUGUCACAAGUGUCACGAAUGUGGCAAUGUCACAUUUGACAGUCUUUGACAUUCCUACGAAAUAAGUUCAAAUUUUUGUUGAACGGCGUCUACUUUUGGCAGUUACUGUAGAUAAAUAAUGCAUGCUGCUCUAGUUUCACUCCCAUAGGAAGCAAAAAAUCAAAACACCAAACAUUUGUGUAUAAAGAAUAAUGUUUCAGAAUUAUAUCUUGAAAUUGAAUCAUGUUUUAAAUGAUCUUUUUUCAGAACUGUACAUAUCUCCGCUGAAGGUUGCAUUGUAUAUUUUUACCAAUGUACUUCUUGAUACUUUCCAAUCUUCACAAGUUUUUUUUUUUCGUUCAUUUAUUCAGCUGUUUUUUUUUUUUUGUUUUAUAACAUUUACUUUUUACAAAUAUAUUUGUAUUUGAUUUUUUGUUUAUUUAGAUUAAAUAUUGGCAGUUUGACGUAAUCCAUAUGGUAAUGAAAAUAACGGAUUGUUGCACAUAAAGAAUAAACUUAUCGAAUUGAAUUUUGAUAUUUUUUUUAUUGCAAAAAUUUGAUUAACCUAACAAAAUUCUGAACUUUCUUCUAAUCAAUAAUCUUUCAUCGAUCUCUGAAAUUUUUGAAACACUAGACGCAGUUGAGAAAGAUAAUCCGUUUUAAUUCGGAACAUUUGAAAUUGGAUCAGAAAAAUAUAUAAUUGAGAUGCUAUAAAGUCUCCUUUUUUUUUUGGAAUUAUCAGCAUGCAUUAUUGGCUACUUUUAAGUCUAGAAAAUGUAGAAUUUACGGCUUAAAAUCGUGUUUAUUCUUUUAUCAUUGUAGCUUUUUGGUCGUUACAUACUUGGUGAAAUUUCUCACGAGGUUUCUGCAAAACUAGCUAAAUUUGAUUCAAUAAAAAGGCUGCUGAGACAUUUAAUAAAUAUUCAUGUAUUUGUGCUUGAAGAUUCUAAUAAUCUUCAUAAUGAUUCUGAUUCGAAUAUGACUUCCAUGUUCGAGAACAUAAUGUUUAUUUCAAGCACAAAAACAGGAAAUAGCAUCUUAACCUAACCUAACCUAAAAAAAACAUUUCUAAAAUACAACCUCUGAUGUGGAUUAGGUCUCUGGCAGUUCCUCGAGAGAAGGAUCUCCUUAAAUUACAUGGCCAACAAGCUGUUAAUGAUCGUCCAGCAGAGUUAGAGAAUUGUAGCUCAAGCCGUGGUCUAAUCGGUUUUUCACUUUACGUUUAAUCUACAACUGAUUAUGUCUUUGACAUUGUCACAAAUGUCACGAAUGUGAGAAUGUCACAUUUGACAGUCUUUGACAUUCCUACGAACUCAGUUCAAAAGGCAUAUUUAGAGGAUUCUUGAUCGUGGAUUUUAAGUCGACAUAGGAAUACUUCGAACUGGUUGUUUUUAUCCGAAUACUGUAAUUAUGCUUUCUCCAUUAAGUAAUUGAUCGCACUAGAACUAAACCAGGCAGAAGGACCCAAACCACUUGGAGUUUGGAGGAUACGACACGAUCAAGCUCUGAAGAUGCCAACCGCGGUGGUAGGCGAAACGUCGGGUGAAAAACCGAACAGACUACGGCUAGAGGGCCCGGAGUUUCCUAAUUCUGUUGAACAAUAAGGGCGCGAAUGCCUUCUGCAUUAUAUUAUCGUCUAAGUCAAAUUUGUUAAGUUUUGAAUUGUUGGGUACUGAAUGGGGGUACCUUUUUGCAUGGGGUCUUCGUAAGUUACAGGAACUUGAAUUGCAGUCCAAUUUUGUUAUAAGUGCAAAGUAAUAGGAUAUAAAUUGAAGAGCGGUGUGUCAAGUUAUAUUUUAUGGAAGUGACCUUGCCUUGUACCAUAGUAUUCGGUUUGCAGCAUCCCCAUACUAAGAUCUUAUAAAUAAAUAGUGUAUGUACAGAAGGCCAUAAAAUAUCAUGCUCAAUAUUUGGAGCUUAGCAUCAUGUUGAUAUCAUUUCCUAAUUUUUCUUUCUGCCUUUGAGACAUUUUUGCGAAUUCUUUACUUUCGGCAAUUUUCAUUUCGAAAAACCAGUUCUACUGUAUAUUGUAUAGAUUGAUAUACAUUUGUCUUUGGGAACUUUAUUUUGUAUAAAAUGUUUGUUCAGAUUCAUUGUUUUUUAGUGUGGAACAGGAGUAUUUAGAAGAUGUUUAAUUUAUUUUUAUUUUUUUUUUGCAAAUAUAUUCACGUUUAUAUUUGUGAUUUUCCACGCUAAAUCGACAUUGUUAUUGUAAUAUUUAUUGUUCGAGACAUAAAUGCAAUAUCAUAAAACUUAAAUAAUUCAAGAAAUUAAACUUAGAAUAAGUAAUUAUAGUAGCUGGAUGUACAUAUAAUAAAAUAAUUAAUUAAAUUGUGAACUAGAGGGAAUUCCGGAAUGUCUCAAAUAUUGUCAAAUCUCAAUUUUUCUGUAACACAUGAAAUUUUCCCCGAGUAUGUUGAACAUAAACUGUACUGUAUCUGAAAUACAUCGAAUAUGUUGAAAAAAGUGUUCAAAUAGUCUCUUGGGAAAAUUUCAGUAUUGAAAAAUUACUGACAUUCAAAUAAAUUUUAUCUAUAAUCGAUGUCUCAUCCUGGACCCUUGAGAAAAAGACAGAUGAAGUUUUGGUGCUUCCUUUCAGAAUACUUCUAUCAUCUAUUCAUCAAGAUAGAAUUUAAACAAUGUUAUUUAAUAUCUCGACAAGUUCUGACUUAUUUUGUAGAAUUUCGAAAAUUUGUUAAAGUUUUUAUUUAUCAUUUUCCGCAUGCUUGUAUAAACGGUUUUACUGUAUCUAGAACCAUAUUUUUAAAAGUGAUAUUUAAAUUUAUGUACAUGUGGUUGAAAGUAUGGUACACCAACUCUACUAUAUCUUCACGUUACAAAUACUUUGUUAAGAUGAAUCAUCUUCAUAACUAUAAGAAGUUCAUUCUAAUUCCUAAUUGUCCAAGGUGAUUUAUUUUGAGUAUUUGUAGAUUUAUUCCUCAUCAUUUUUUUUAAUCGGUGCGAAAACAAAGCUGGCAUAGUAUUGUAAAAAUUUCAAUUUUAUUGUAAAAAGUAUAUAUUGUAUUUAUGAUAUUAGGUGAAAUAAAUUUGGUUAAGUUUAACCAAGCUGCAGUAAUUUAAUUGUUUACUGAAUGGUUCAACUAUGAUAUUGAAAUGAGUAGGUUUCAUUAAGUCAAAAGAGUCUGAUUCAACAUUAAAAAUGCUUCCUUCCUAA